AUGACAGAACCUUCAAAAGACUUCACAUGUGGAACAUGUUCGUUGCAAUUCGAUAAAGCAGAAAUACUAAAGCAUUUAUCAUCCACCAGACACAAAUCCGCAAAAAUAACAGAAACUGAUGAAUCCCUAGAAUGUGAAGAAUGUUCAGACACAAAUAUUCAUCAACUAUCCAUCCUUAGAUAUGGUCUAACAGACAUGUCCUUACUAUGUACCGCAUGUCUAGCUAAGGAUACAGAACCACCUACUGCGACGUAUAAUCUUUCAAAUGGAGCUUUCUUUUUGAAAUUAGAUCAAUAUCUAAAACUUCGAGAUUUGGAAUGUAUGAAAUGUUCAAAUGAUGAAAAUUUAUUCGUGGCAAACACCCCAAAGGAACAAUUAGUUUCAUGUAAGGAUUGUCUAGGUCAAUUCGACCCCCUGAUUAAGUUCAUAAGUGAAGAUUCUGAGAUCUUUUUAUCCGAAUUAUUAGGAAUCAAAGAAGUUGCAGCAUCCAAAAAGGCAGGCAAUCAUGGUAAGAGAAAAUUAGGAAGAAAAGGAGCAAGGGGAGGGAAAUUUGGAAAGGGGAAAGGUAAAGGAAGAGGUGGCAAGCCAAAGAAGGUAGAUGAAGAUGCAGAAGCUAGAAGAGAGCAUUAUUUCGAAAGUAAAAGAACUGCGGCUGAACUCAAAUCGGGUUCAACUGUGAAAGCUAUUGGUUCUGCUGUGUUUGGGAAACCUGGGAGUGGUGGUGGUAGUGGAGGAGGAAAAUUCGGUAAGAGUUUUUCACCCGGGAAGAGUCCGGGUCAUAGUGGUAGACUGACACCGGCUACUAGUGGAAGACUGAGUCCUAGUGUGGAAGCAAAUAGAGGGUUUGUGACUAAAGAGAAUGGAACGAACACUCCGGCUGAAGGACAAACACAGAAAGUAAAUGAAGCACCCAAAGAGCGGAGUACUCAAAAACCCAAAGCAAAGAAAGCUCAAACAUCAAAAGCUGAAAAUCAAAAAAUCAAAGAUGGAGAAAAAGAUGGCAAGAAGAAAUCAUCCAAGGAUAGCUCUAAACAAGACAAGAAGCCUCCUAAAAGCAACGAUAAGCCAAAAGACAAUAAGAAGACACAGCCAAAGACACCAAAGAAUGCACGCUCCAAAGAAGCAAGUCCAGCACCAAAUACACCUAAUGCUGCACCCGUGUCUGAUUCCAAUGAACUCGUGCUUCCAGAUUAUAUUACCAAAUAUCAUCCAGCUACUAAGCCUAAACUCAGCUACCCUACAUUGAACGACUAUUAUAGAGAGAUGAGUUUUAAUGUAUUUUUGGAAGAUCAAUUAACCAACGAACUGAAUAUCAUCGAGCCACAAGAUUUAAUGAUUGAAUGGUAUGAAGAUCAAGAUAAAAGGAAUAAUCAAUUCAAAUUAAGUGUACCUAUGGAUCCACAACUUUUAGAUAGAUUUAUUUCUGAAAAAUUCAAAAAAUUGAAAAAGAACCCAUUUCAAGUUGGCCAAGCUAUAUUUUUGAUUUUAAAUGAUGAGAUUCCUUGGUAUGGACGCAUAGCUGCCGUUGAAGAAGUUUCGACCCUGAAAGGUAGACGGGCUAAGAAGGAUGUAAUCGAGAUGGUUAUUAAAUUGUUUGGGUGGAAUAAUCAACCAUUACCCAAGAGUGUCCAUGCUCAAUAUUUGAAAGUGAUGCCGGCAUCUGUUCCAGUUAGUAGAGUUUUUAAUGCGAUGGCGACAUUGGAAAAUACGAGUUUUAUUAAGAUGCUUUUGGGUAAUGAACCUAUGAAGCAGAUUAUUUUUAAGAAUUAUUUGAAGUUUUCUAGGGAUACCUUGAAUGAUUCUCAAAAGGUUGCUAUUCAAUCUGUUUUGAAUAAUCCUAUUACCGUGCUACAAGGUCCUCCAGGUACUGGUAAAACCUCCACGAUUUUUGAAAUUAUUUUACAAUUAUUGGAUUCGUUGCAUAAUUAUCCAGUCUUGCACCGGACCGAAAAGGAAAGAGACUAUGACAGAUCACAUCCAUUAGCUCCAAUUUGUUUACAUCAUAAAGUAUAUGACGCCAUGCCAAUUCACUACCAGGCUGUUUUGGAUGAUUUAAGAAGAGGACAACCAAACAUUGGUCAGAAAGCAUAUAAGAAAUUCCUUGCCAAACGAUUCGAAGUUACAAGAACCAUGGUUGCACAAGCGAAAGUCAUCUUCACAACUACCGUGGUUGCCGGUUCUGGACAAUUGAAAUCCAUACCAAAAUGUCCAGUUGUGAUUAUGGAUGAAGCUACUCAAUCAUCCGAACCUACCACUUUGAUCCCAUUGGCUGUGAAUGGAGUAGAUAAGUUUGUGUUUGUGGGUGAUCAAAAACAAUUGAGUUGUUUUUCAUUGAUUCCGGGAUUAUCAUUGUCUUUAUUUGAAAGAGUUUUACUUAAUGGUUCUUAUAAAUCACCCCAUAUGUUGGAUACUCAAUAUCGUAUGCAUCCCGCCAUUAGUGAAUUUCCUAGAACUACAUUCUAUGGAGGUUUAUUGAAGGAUGGUAUAACUGAAGAAGCUAGAAAAAUGGAAGGAAUCCCCGCAAAUCCAGUAUAUUUCUGGGAUACCCAAGGUAGAGCCAGGGAAGAAUCAGUUCGUAAUUUGUUACGUGAAGAUAGAGGGUAUACUUAUACAAAUUCAGGAGAAAUCGGUUAUCUCCUUCAAGUCUUAAAGAACUUAAUUAUUGAGAAGAGAAUUAAGAAAGAGAAUAUUGGAGUCAUAACCCCCUACAGUGGUCAACGUGAUUUAAUCUCCUCAAUCCUCGCCGAUGACGAUAUUAUCAAUCCCAUGAAUGAACAAGUUCAAGUUGAGGUUGAUAUUGAUGAUAUUAAAAAUGAUUCUAAACCAGUUACGAUUCAUAUAAUAUCCGGAAUUAUGAUUGCUUCAAUCGAUGCAUUCCAAGGUCGUGAAAAGGAUUUCCUUGUAAUGUCAUGUGUAAGAUCAAAUCAAGAAGGAACUAUUGGGUUCCUUAGAGAUGAAAGACGAUUGAAUGUUGCACUUACAAGAGCGAAAUAUGGGUUGAUUAUGGUUGGAGAU